GCCGGUAGUGACGUCAUUGGCUGAGUCUCACGCGGACAUCGCUGUGGUUAGCAUUUAGUGUCUGUUAGCAAGUUCUACCGAAAAGAAGAGCGAUAAUACCAUGGCCGCCGCCGGGACUCAGAGCCGAAAGAGGCUGCUGAAGGACGAAGACAUGACCAAGGUGGAGUUUGAGACCAGCGAGGAGGUGGAUGUGACCCCGACCUUCGACACAAUGGGCCUGAGAGAAGACCUGCUUCGCGGCAUCUACGCUUACGGCUUUGAGAAACCCUCCGCCAUCCAGCAGAGAGCUAUUAAACAGAUCAUCAAAGGCAGAGACGUCAUUGCGCAGUCUCAGUCCGGUACUGGAAAGACGGCAACGUUUUGUGUGUCAGUGCUCCAGUGUUUAGACAUCCAGGUGAGAGAGACCCAGGCCCUGAUCCUCGCCCCCACCAGAGAGCUGGCUGGACAGAUUCAGAAGGUGCUGCUGGCUCUGGGUGACUACAUGAACGUCCAGUGUCAUGCUUGCAUUGGUGGAACCAACGUGGGAGAAGACAUCAGGAAGCUGGACUAUGGUCAACAUGUGGUUUCUGGAACGCCAGGCCGAGUUUUUGAUAUGAUCCGGCGCAGAAGUCUGAGAACCAGAGCCAUCAAGAUGCUGGUCCUGGAUGAAGCAGAUGAGAUGCUCAACAAAGGUUUUAAGGAGCAGAUCUAUGAUGUGUAUCGGUACCUUCCACCUGCCACUCAGGUGUGUCUGAUCAGCGCCACACUGCCACAUGAGAUCCUCGAGAUGACCAACAAGUUCAUGACCGACCCCAUCAGGAUCCUGGUCAAGCGUGAUGAGUUGACGCUGGAAGGAAUCAAACAGUUCUUUGUCGCCGUGGAGAGAGAAGAGUGGAAGUUUGAUACUCUGUGCGACCUCUACGAUACUCUGACCAUCACACAGGCUGUGAUCUUCUGCAACACCAAGAGGAAGGUCGACUGGCUGACAGAGAAGAUGAGGGAGGCCAACUUCACAGUGUCGUCGAUGCACGGAGACAUGCCUCAGAAAGAGAGGGAGUCCAUCAUGAAGGAGUUCAGAUCUGGAGCCAGUCGGGUUUUAAUCUCAACAGAUGUUUGGGCUCGAGGGUUGGACGUUCCACAGGUGUCCCUCAUCAUCAACUACGACCUGCCCAACAACAGAGAGUUGUACAUCCACAGGAUCGGUCGAUCUGGUCGUUAUGGACGUAAGGGUGUGGCCAUCAACUUUGUAAAGAAUGACGACAUCAGAAUCCUGCGAGACAUUGAGCAGUACUACUCCACCCAGAUUGAUGAGAUGCCCAUGAACGUCGCUGACCUGAUCUAAUGACAUCAUCAUGUGACCCACCUGAGGAUACCUGUUUUACUUCCCGUUCUUUUUUUAUCCAGACGACCUUUGUUGAAGUUUUAGUUGUUACUGUGUCCCCAGUUAAUUUUUACAAAAAUGCUUGUUUUUAUUUUCUUUUUUUUUUCCAUUAAAGCUUCACGACAACUAUUUA